AUUUCAGCUGUGUCGUUUUCCAAACUAAACAGCAUUAGAGCCGAGUUUCCAGAGCUCAUGGUGAUGUCUAUAAUGCUAUGUUUUGUCCGACUAAAAGUCCAAAACCAAGAGAUAUUCAGUUUACUAUCAUAGAGGACCGAGAAAACCAGAAAUAUUUGCAUUUGAGAAGCAGGAACCAAUCAGUUGUAGAUUAUUUGCUUCAAAAUGUUUGAAAUUAUUAAUUGAUUGUCAAAACAGUUGCAGGCUACUUUUCUGUAAAUCAGUCAGUUGACAGAUUGUUGUAGCUCUGUUACUCAUGAAACUUUUUACUAGGAGCACUUGUGGAAUGAAAGAAAUUUAUUUUUGUAAAAAGGUGGCACUAGAUCCAAUGACCUAAAAUCAAAAGGAUAAUUAUGCCACAGCAGUGAUGCUCGCUCAGGAAAAACAUCUCAGAGUACAACAGGGUGACAACGUGCCCCAGUUUCCUCUAUUGUUGAUUACUAUCAAUUCACUAUAUAAUGUCCCAAACAUUAUCUAGGCACCAGCUGCCCAUCUUGUAUUAACCUCAAACCCUGCUCUUCAGCACCUCAAUAGUCUGUCUGUCAGUCAGACAUAUCAGUCCCACAUCAUGUCCUGUCCCAUCAAGCACUCAGUCCUCUGUGUGUUAUCUUCAGAAACAUGGACAAAGGUCAGAGGCCAUAACCUUCUCUUUUCAAGGGCCCGUAUGCUUAAAACAUUUGAGGCCUACGUAUGUGAUUCGGAUAAUAUAAUUCAGACCUGUAUGGCAAAGUGUGGGCAUUAAUCUAAGCAUACGUGAGUUUAAACUCAGGGAAGCACAGUGGCUUAUUUCUUAUGUCAGUGCUGCGUGUGUCCUCAUUUACUGAAAACAGUAUUACAUGCAGGGUAAAUGUAAAGUAAAUGUAGUAAAUGUACCUUAGGUUGAGUCAAGUAAUUUUUGUCUGUGCACUCCUGCAUAUUCUCACUUGGCAAUAAGCAAAACAGAGAAGCUUUAGAGCUUGGGCUAGUACUUGGUUGUUCAAUGAACUCUUAAUCAGCUAGUGGUUAAGCAUAUAUUUACUUUAAAUACCAUGCUGAUUAUGUCCUAGUCAAUAUUACACAUUUUUUUAUGUCAAAAGUAGUUAUAUAUGUAGUUGUAUACCCAUUGCAGGCAGGAAACAGAAAGACAGUGAUAUGAUUUUCAUUGUUGUGGCUAAUCAUGGCAGCAGUACAGGCCUCGCAGAUCAUAACCACGAAACAUAUGAGGUGUCCUGCAAGUGAUAUGUUGCCUAAAUUACUUAUUUUGGUCCCCUAAGAUUGGAGGACAAUGUUCUAAAUUCUACAACUCUUGCACUGAUCACCUGAGGUGGGUGUGAACGCUUUAAUGUUGAAGCUGAAACUCCCAUUUUUGUUUCAUUUAAAAUCCAGUGUAUUGGUAUGUGAGCUAAGACCAGGAAAUGUGUCUCUAAGCUAAUGCUUUCUUAAUGCACUGUGUAUGUAACCAGCUUCUUAAAUCAAUCAGCCUCGGGUCUGCCAAUAUGGCAAUGCCCUAGACAGAUGGUGUAAUAUAAAAUCAUUAGGGCAUUAGUAAAUCCAAUUUAUUAACCACAAACACUGUUAUUUAAUAACUGCUCUUCAGACAGCAGGAUACUGUCAUCCUGUGUCGGAGUGCAGAGGCAUACUUCCUACCAUAUGGCCACAUCAUGAAAGCAGUAAUUUUUUAAGAAUUGCAAAACGUGUUUUAUCAAUGUAUCACAGAUCACAAUUACAGAAGUAAUACAGAUUGAUAAUAUACUGUUAUUUUUAAAAAAUAUUUAUCACCAUAUAUUGAUGGGAUAGGGUGAUAAAUAUAUUUUGCUGCAGAUUUAGGUCUAUAUUUUCUCAUAUUUGCGUAGGGCUGCAAGUACUACAGAGACUGUAUCUACAGAGACUUAAUUUGCAUCGUAUGUUUUCCAGCCACAACCAGUUAGGGCACUAGUUUAAUGCUUGAAAAAUAACAAAAAGUCUCCUUUGCCUUUGGCCUCUCUGCACUUAAACAGUUUCUCAAUUGUCUGAUGAACUUGCAGUCUUUGCUAAGCAAAACCCUCAAUGGACUUUACCUCCUCUCUACAUGUAUGUAUGUGUAUAUGUCAUGUGCCUCACUUUAGCAAUAAAAUGAAGUUUCUCUCCUAGACCGUCCUUCUUUACAUUCACACUCAGUGCCCCCCAGAUGAAAACCAUCACAUGAUUAAGGCAGUGUUACACACCAGAGCAGGCAGGCAAGCCUUGACACUGGCAGUCGGUCAGGUAUGUAACUGGUGACAGGGAUCAGAGAUUUCCAACACCACUCGUUAAAUUUAAACUGAACCCCAGAGCCACCUCUGUUAAAUCAACGUGCGUAAUAAGCAGUAAUCUCCACUUUAGGCACAGUGGGCGAGCUCGUUUAGGAUCAGCAUGUAGGAAAUACCUGCUGGGUGGGAGGUGCAAGUCAGGUGAACUGCCACGGUGUUAAAAGUGCGCACACACAAGGAGAAAUAUUUUCUCUUCCUUCCAGCUGUUAAGUUCCACAGAAGCCUGAAGGAAAAGUUUCAGUGGGAGCAUCAUGAGCACUCGGGAUGUUUUCCCUCACAAAUGGAUGGACGGUCUUGGCGAGACCAGGGAAAAUGAUUGCUCUCCAAUAACAGCAGGGAGAACCAGUUUGGGGGAGUACAACCACCACCUGCCUCUGGGAGACAGCUCUGAGACUCUGGAGCCUUCCGUCCUUGACACUGCAGAGCUCUUCCCAUUAAUGGAGACCAAGUUGUACAAGCGGCGCUGGGUCAUGCUAUUUGUCUUUAGCAUUUACUCCAUGAGCAAUGCCUUCAUGUGGCUGCAGUACGGCAUCAUCAGCAACAUCUUCAUGCGAUUCUACAACAUCGACACCCUGGCCAUUGACUGGCUCUCCAUGAUCUACUUCCUCACCUACAUCCCUCUCAUCCUGCCUGUCAUGUGGCUGCUAGACAACCGGGGCCUCAGGGACGUGGUGGUGGUGGGGUCUGCCUUCAACUGCAUCGGGGCGUGGAUCAAGACGAGCACGGCCAUCCCUGACAUGUUCGCCAUGACCUUCUUUGGCCAGUUUGUGUGUUCAGUGGCCACAGUUUUCAUCCUGGGCAUCCCCUCCAGACUUGCGUCCCUGUGGUUUGGGCAGCAGGAGGUGUCCACUGCUUGUUCCAUUGGCGUUCUUGGAAACCAGAUGGGUAUCGCCAUUGGGUUCCUGGUCCCACCCAUCCUCGUGCCCAAUGUGGACGAUAUGAACGAGCUGGCGUACCACAUCAGAAUCAUGUUCUACAUCAGUGCUGGAGUGGCCACCCUCAUCUUCAUCCUUGUGGUGAUCGUGUUUCAGGAGAGACCAGAGAUCCCUCCCACGCAGGCCCAGGUUCAGGCCAGGAACAUACCCCCGGGCGAGUACUCGUACACGGCUUCCAUCUGGAGGCUGCUGUGCAACAAGCCCUUCAUGCUGCUGGUGGUCAGCUACGGCCUGAACGUCGGCUGCUUCUAUGCUGUUUCCACACUGUUGAACCGGAUGAUCAUUGAACAUUAUCCUGGUGAAGAGGUGAAUGCUGGGAGAAUUGGUCUGACCAUUGUCAUUGCGGGCAUGGUGGGGUCCCUCAUAUGUGGCAUUUGGCUGGACAAGACUAAAACCUACAAACAGACCACCUUGCUUGUAUAUCUCCUCUCUCUGAUUGGCAUGUUGGUCUAUGCCUUCACCCUCAACCUGGGUCACCUCUGGGUGGUGUUCAUCACUGCUGGAGUUUUAGGCUUCUUCAUGACAGGAUAUCUGCCUCUGGGCUUCGAGUUUGCAGUAGAGCUCACCUACCCGGAGUCGGAGGGCACCUCGUCGGGACUUCUCAACUGUUCAGCUCAGAUCUUUGGAAUCAUUUUCACCAUCUCCCAAGGGAAGAUUAUUGAUAAAUGGGGCACUUUAGGGGGAAACAUCUUCCUGUGUAUCUUUCUGCUGAUAGGAUCCAUAUUGACAGGACUCAUCAAGGCUGACCUCCGACGGCAGAAGGCCAACCUGCAGGCCGAGGAGCAGACGGUGAGUAAAAUGACGGCUGAUCUGGAAGGAGGCGUCUCUCCACCUGAAAUCCUGAAAGACGGGGACGUUAUAAAGAGGAUGGACGUCCCCUUUUUUUUAACGACACCAUGUACAGAUAAAAACAGAAAUACUGACUUGUCAACAUGCAUAAACGUGUACGCAUUGCCACAGAGUGAAAAAGGCCGCUGUGAGGAGUGAGCACAUGGAGACUGAACAGUACUGUACAGCGCUCUGUGAGGCUUUUAUGACUGGAGUAAGAACCAGCAGACCCGCUGUACAACAUGAUGUACUGUACGGACGCCACACUCUGGCUCCUGGCCCCCACCGUAGGCAUUUUACAUGUCUUGUCAGUGCAAUCCAGUUGCCACUUUAGUGAUUCCGACAUUACCGCCCUCUCAAACUUAUUUAAACUUUUUCCCGUUUCCUAACCUUUUAAUGUCCCCAUCUGAUUAUUGUUAAUAUUGUGUUCUAUGCAUCUAAUGAGCAAUAUUUAAACUGCGAGUGUUUCCAAAUAUUGGUCCAAUUUUGUGUGUAACUGAACUCAGUCUUUACAUUGCUAAAGGUAUUCAUUAAGUGUUCUGUUUUUAGAAUAUGCAUCUUAAAUGCAGACCGAGGGCUGUGAUGUGUCUCCUGUCAUGGCAGUGAGGCUCCCCAUCGCCUCGACAAGGCUGGCAUAUCAUCUCAGCCUGCCGUUCAGGAUGGAAGUAUGUACCCCUGAAUACUGCUGAUAAUAACUAUGAUUGAUGCUGUGCAUCUGAGUACACUUUGGGAGGCCAGUUUUGUCCUUGUUUUACUGUACGCCAUCUCUACAAAAAGACAUUUGGUGAUUAAUACCUGAAUCAACAUGCAAGAGCAUCUGGAACAUUAUGUCAGCACAGCACAAAACAGACAGAAGGAAAAGGCAAAUUAAUCUAUUGCCCUUGACAUUUUGCACAAGAAAAUGUUUUUAUGUUUGAUACUUAGCGUGUGAAUUUGUUACUGAGAAAUGUAGUUCAUGCUAUGUAACCAGUGUUUAUAUAGUUUAUCAUUAACAUAUUAUACCUGAUGUGUUGUGAGUAGUUGUCUGUUAUAUAUAAGUUAUAUAAUGAUUGUUAAGUGAUUGUGAAGGUGCUAAUUAUUACUUCAGUGGCAUUUUUUUAGACAUUUUACAGUGCUGCAAAAAUUUUGUAUGCUGUAAAUUGAUAUCUAAAAAUGGGAUUUUUUAGACUGGAAUAUCCAGUAGAGUGUUCUCUGUCACGCUCGAGAAUAGAUUUUUCUUCAAACCUUGAAGAUUCCUACAGAUCAAAGUGUGCGAGUGUUUUCUGCACUUGAAUCCAUCCUAUAAAGCCAAAAUUAGCGCCGUUUAUUUUCUGAAAAUAAUGUUGAAAACACCUCGCUUUACCCAAAUAUGAGAUCUGAGCGGCAUAGGAUGUUGAUUUUUCAUCAAAAAUGAUGCAAAAUACAAUUAUAUCCUUGGAAACAAGAUAU